UUCAAUUUUUAGAGAGGCUGCAAAAGGAGGAGAGAGACCCUGAAGCCCUCCAACUUCCUGUUUUGGGGCUGGGGGUUUGCUUGGAGGAGAGCGGCAGGACUGAGGCUGGAGCCGGACCGGAGCAAGCCUGGAAAGAAAGAAUCUGAGUUUUGAACACUGUAAUUCGUUUCUACAGUUUGUUGUUGGAAAAAGAUCUCAGAGCAAGUUCCCAACAUGAAAACAGAAUGGCAAGAUAUCCCAAUAGGGGAGGGACCAGCAGGGAGGGGAAUGGCUGCUCAUGACCUCCAGGCUGGGAGUAUCGGAGGAUUCCUUCAAAGGAGACCAGGAGAUCACCCAGCAGCAGAGGGCUCCCUUUCCCUAGCACAGUGGGAAGCCCAGUGGCAGGAGUUCCUCAGGACACUGGAAAGCCCUCACUCUGGAUGGGGAAGCCCUCACUUGCCAGCAAAACCUUCGCCCUGGGAUGAUGCCAAGGCUUUUCUGGCCUCCUUUGAGCAAGUGGCUGAAGCCUGUCAGUGGCCCCAGGAAGAGUGGGUGACCCGACUCCGGCCAGCCCUUAGUGGAGAAGCUGAGCAGGCCUUUAACAGUCUGGAUGUCAGAGACAGAGAGGAUUAUGGGAAGGUGAAGGCAGCCAUCUUGCGAGAGGAUGCACUGAGCCGGGAGAAGCAGCGUCAGCAGUUCAGGCGUUUCUGCUACCAGGAGGCCGAGGGCCCACGGGGGGCUUACAGCCAACUCCGGGAAAUGUGCCGUGGGUGGCUGAGAGUGGAGAAGCACAGCAAGGAGCAGAUCCUGGAGCUCUUGAUCCUGGAGCAGCUGCUGACUGUCCUGCCCCCAGAGAUCCGGAGCUGGGUGAGCGAAGGCGGCCCUGAGAGCUGCUCCCAGGCAGUGGCCCUGGCUGAAGAGUUCCUCUUACGGCAGGAGACGCAGGUGCCCUUGGAGGAGGCAUCUGGGAGGGGCUCCAAGGCAGGCCAGGAUCCGUCUGAGAUUGAGCAGAGGCAGCUCACGCUGGGGCUCAAGGAAGAGGAGGAUGGAGAAGCCAGCCCGAUAGAUGGAGAUGUAGAUGAGACGGUUGAGGAAUCCCCGAGGUUCUCAUUGAAUAAGGGCAAGAACGAAGAGUCUAAUGGAAACUUCAGGAUUCGAACUCGGCCACGAAGGCAGGAGGGAAGCCAUAAGGAGAAGAUGAGGAAUAAGCCCAUUCCUUGCCAAGGAGGAGGAUUCCAUGAAAUCCCAGUCCGAGCAGAAAGAUCACCCCAAAAAAGAAGGAAGGAAAGGCACGAAAAUGCAAGUAUGGCAUCUGGAACAACCUUCAUUCACAGCAUGAAUGUUAUCUCCCAUCUAGACGUUCCCUCAGGAGAGAAACCAUAUAGCUGCUUGGAGUGUGGAAAAGGCUUCAGUCGGAGAUCAGUCCUUGCUUCACAUCAGAGAAUUCACUCGGCAGGGGAUGAUCAGGAGAACGAGGACGACGAGGAUUGGCUUGAGUCAUACCAAUAUAAAGCAAAGAAUGAAGAGCUGGAAGGAAACGUCCGGAAUCGAGGUGGACCCAAGAGGCAAGAGGGAAGCCACACAACAGAGAAGAGGGAUAAACAUUUUACUUGCAAAAGAGAGGAUUUCUGUGAAGAAUGUCACAUUUUGGAGGAAACAUACAAGUGCUUGAAGUGUGGAAUGAACUUCUUGGAUCAAUCUCAGUAUAAUAUUCAUUUGCGAAAGCACAAUGGAAAGAAGACCCAUAAAUGCUUGGAGUGUGGAAAGAGCUUCACCUGUAACAGAAAUCUUCAACUGCAUAAAAGAACCCACACAGGGGAGAAGCUUUUUGAAUGUUUAGUAUGUGGAAAGAGCUUCACCUGGAAGCGAAAUCUUAAACGGCAUAAAAGGACCCACACUGGGGAAAAACCAUUUGAAUGCUCAGAGUGCGGAAAGAAAUUCAGUCAGAAUGAAUAUCUUCAUCAGCAUUUAAGAACUCACACAGGGGAGAAACGUUUUAAAUGCUCAGAGUGUAGAAAGAAAUUCAGUCGGCGUUGCAAUCUUCAACAGCAUUUAAGAACUCACACAGGAGAGAAACCUUUUGAAUGCUUACAGUGUGGAAAGAACUUUAGUCAGAGUUACCAUCUUCAACAGCAUCUAAGAGGCCACACAGGGGAGAAACCUUUUGAGUGCUCAGUGUGUGGAAAGAAAUUCACUCGCAAAUUCAACCUUCUUCAACAUCAGACAAUCCACAUGAGGAGAAACCACAUAGCUGCUCAGCCGGUGGGAUGAGUUCACCUCAUAUUUCACACCUUAAAAUCAACCACAGAUUCCAAUAAACCAUAUAAGCACUUAGAGAGAGCUUGCAUCUCUACAGAAACCUUAUGGAAACUGCGGUCCAUCAGGCCCACUGCCAGCAGGCACUGGUCCACCUUGCCUUCCAAGGCCUCUUGGUCCCAGCUGCUGUCCAAGUCUCUGCCUGCCACAUGCCACCCAUCAAUUUCCUACCAACCCUUAGUGUGGUUUUCAUUCCCUCUUGCUGGUACCUGCCAUGUCCCUUUGGCCUUUUUUAGGAAUUACCCACAGAGAGGGCCAGGGCUCCCAGCUAACCUUAGUAGGCUUGCUGUUCUGAGGCUCUCCGUUGGGCCCGGGCCUUUCUAUUCAGCAACUGGUUACCACAGAGACUGCUUUGCACCUUCACACCACUGUGGGGAACAGUUUGCCAACAGAAAUUCCCUCCUCCUGGCACCUGUUUCAAAUAGUGUGUUUGAGUAGUUAAAGUCUUUGUGGUACAGAGAACAAUUACCAGUAUUUAUUAAAAAGAAAAAUGUUCACACACAUACUGUCAAGCACAGCAACAGGUUGAGUAAGGGAUUACAAAAGAAAAAAAUCAGUUUCUCUGGUCCUUGUUCUGUACAUGCCUUUACUGAUGUUAUUCUAAGGCAGGCUGUUUAAUUUAAAGGGCACAGCUGUCUAGGAACCUCCCAUUACCUUGUAGUCCUGGUUUAGGCCUGCAGCCUUCCACAUAGCAAUGGCUGCUGUCUAUGGGGGUCAGGUGAGAGAUCCUCCUAAAUUGAUGGAAUCAGUCAAAAAGAGAACUUCCCCUCAAUGGAUUUUAUUACCUCCAUUUGCCCACUCCCUGAGAGGGAAGAAGGUCAAAGAAACUUUUCCUGUAGUCCCCAGGGAAAGUCUUUCUAGCACUUCAAACCACUCAGUUUUCCUCCCUGUUAGAUGUCUUUGACCUGUCAGACUAUCAGCCCCUUAAAAAGCCUAACUGGAUGUGUCUGGAGAGCUUCCCACAUCUUCCCUGUUCUCAGCUAAGAGAGAGAAGCAUUUCAUACUGAAGAUGAAGGUUUUACCACAGUCUCAACCUCCAACGUAAAAAGUAUUUCUCAACAGUAACCAUAGAAAGCAAAAAA